AUGGAUGAAAAUUCCCCACUUAUACGUAAAAAUGAAAGCAACACCCCAAUUGAAAUGAAAGCAGUAUGUAAAUCUUCGGUUCCGUUGAUCAUUACAUUCUUCUUACAAUACUCACUCACAGUAGUGUCUAUAUUUUCGGUUGGUCAUAUUGGCAAAACUGAGCUUGCGGCUGUCUCAUUGGCCAUCAUGACUUUUAAUGUAACAGUAUCGAUUUUCAAUGGUAUGGCAACUUGUCUCGAUACAUUUUGUGCUCAAGCAUACGGAGCUAAGAAAUAUCACUUGGUUGGGCUCUAUUUCCAAAAGUGUGCUGCAAUGCUACUCGUGAUGUCUAUUCCUAUUAUUGUGUUAUGGUGUUUUAGUGGAAGUAUACUCUCUUUAGUUGUCGAAGAAAAAGAGCUAGCUUACUUGGCUCAGAGAUACCUUAGAGUUAUUUCAAUGGGUUCCCCAGGUUAUAUAUUCUUUGAAACAGGUAAAAGGUUUCUACAAGCACAGGGAUUAUUUAAUGCAGGUCAAUACUGUUUAUUCAUAGUUGCUCCUAUUAAUGUUCUUCUUAAUUAUGUACUUGUGUGGGAUAAAACUAUUGGCAUUGGCUUCAUUGGGGCUCCUAUUGCUACUGCUAUCUCAUACUGGCUCAUGAGUGGAUUACUCUUGUGUUACGUUCUCUUUGUUGAUGGGAAAAGGUGCUGGGAUGGUUUAGAAAUCAAAAAGUCAUUCCAAGGAUGGGGUCCCAUGAUGAAGCUAGCUCUUAACGGCACCGCGAUGUUGCUCUCAGAAUUUAUAGCCUUUGAAAUCUUAACAUUAGCAGCUGCAAGGUUCGGAACUGCAUCUUUGGCUGCUCAAUCUAUAGUUUCGACAAUGGCAACUCUAUUCUUCCAGGUUCCCUUCGGAGUAUCCGUUGCAGUAUCUACAAGAAUGGGAAACCACAUAGGUGGAGAGAGGAUUGAUGCGGCACAGAUAGUGAAUAAGGUUGCAGUUCUCUUUGCUGCUAUUUUAGGUGUGGUGGAUUGCUUGAUCUUAGUCUGUGGCAAGUCUUUGAUUGCAAAUCUGUUUACCAGCGACAGAGAAGUGACCCGGAUUGCAGAGAAAAUUAUAGUCAUCCUUGGAAUUAAUCAAUUGUAUGACUGUGCAAAUAUACUAUUCGCAGGAUGUCUCAGAGGGCAAGGUAGACAACAAAUUGGUAGCAAAUUAAACUUAAUUGCCUACUAUAUCCUUGCUGUUCCAUUAGGGCUCACAUUUGCGUUCGUUCUCAAAAUGGAAUUAGUUGGCCUUUGGGCUGGUCUAGGUGUGGGCAUUUUCACUUUGGCUGUAUCUGAGGCAUACUUUGUUUUCUCCUCAAAUUGGGAUACCAUUGCUUUGGAUUCUAAAGCAAGAAACAGUAUCCAUUGA